AGGGAGGCAGGCUACCAUGGCGGAGUCCGGGCCGCAGGCGCCGCCGCCGCCGCCUCCCGGGACCCCGAGCCGGCACGAGAAGAGCCUGGGGCUGCUCACGACUAAAUUUGUGUCGCUGCUGCAGGAGGCCAAGGACGGAGUCCUCGACCUGAAACUGGCAGCAGAUACCUUGGCUGUUCGGCAGAAGAGGAGAAUCUACGACAUCACAAAUGUCCUGGAAGGGAUUGGGCUGAUUGAAAAGAAGUCAAAGAACAGUAUCCAGUGGAAGGGUGUGGGACCUGGCUGUAACACUAGGGAAAUAGCAGACAAGCUCAUCGAAUUGAAGGCUGAAAUCGAGGAGCUUCAGCAGCGGGAGCAGGAGCUGGACCAGCACAAGGUGUGGGUCCAGCAGAGCAUCCGAAACGUCACUGAGGAUGUGCAGAACAACUGCUUAGCAUAUGUGACUCAUGAGGAUAUCUGCAAAUGUUUCACGGGGGACACUCUGUUGGCCAUUCGGGCCCCGUCAGGUACCAGCCUGGAAGUGCCAGUCCCUGAGGGCCUAAAUGGGCAGAAGAAGUAUCAGAUCCACUUGAGGAGUACAAGUGGCCCCAUCGAUGUGCUGCUGGUGAAUAAGGACGCGUGGAGCUCUCCCCCUGUGGUGGUCCCUGUGCCUCCGCCUGAGGAUCUCCUUCAGUGCCAGGCAACCAUUCCUUCCCCCACCCAGCCGAGACUAGCAUCCUCUCAGCACCAAGAGACCUCGAUCCCCAGCAGCCCCCGCCCCUCCACUCCAACCAGCACCCAGGACCAGAGUGCCAUUGGGCAGCCAGCUGCCAGCCCCGUUGCAGGGCGCAGCAGUGGCCCUGGGCCAGACAGCAAGGAUGUCCUCAGUAGCCUCAGCACUGCGCCCACGGCUGCACUCGACACCCGGCCGCUCCAGUCCUCAGCCUCCUUGGACAGCAGCUCCAUCUUGCCCAACCCUUCUACCUCUUUUGAGCCAAUCAAACCAGAUCCUACAGGCAUACUGGAACUCCCCAAAGAGCUAUCGGAAAUGUUCGAUCCAACGAGAGAGUGCAUGAAUUCCGGGCUGCUGGAGGAGUUGAUGUCCUCAGAAGUGUUUGCCCCUCUGCUCCGCCUCUCUCCUCCCCCUGGAGACCAUGACUACAUCUACAACCUGGACGAAAGCGAAGGUGUCUGUGACCUCUUUGAUGUGCCGGUCCUCAACCUCUGAUCUGCUGCUGCCCCUGGAGCCGUGUGCAGACAAGACUGUUUGACUUGGGGUUGCUUUGGUCCUUCCUUCUCCUGCCAUGCCCACUGUCCUCAGGAUUUCUCUGGAUACAGACUGACCAGCCGCCGGCCCCUUCAGUCCCCCUCCCUUUCCAUAUUGCACAGUUAGGGUCAGAUUUCUUAUUCCUUCCACUGGCCAGUUUGUCCAUCUGCCCUGCAAAAUGGGGGAGAGGUGACCCAAUUCUCUCUUUCCCCCCAAUAUCUUUAUCUCCUGUCAACAGGUAGCCAAAGCAUUUGCCACGUGCCUCUCUUCCUAGGGCCAGAAAUUUCAUGUCCCCACCUCUCUUUGCAUCCCAGACCUCAUCUUCCAGCUCAGGCUCUGCUGUGCCAGAGUGAUACAGUAUCCUUAAUUCCCAUCACCAAGGCUACCUAAGAGAACCUACUCCCCUCUCCCCCUCCCUCCAUUCCUGCCCAUGCUCCUUCCCCCAAGGCCCAAAAGGCCAAGCCCAGGGCCAGGGUGAGGACACAAGUCCAUGUGUAAAACAGAACAAGACAAACCAAUUUCCUGAGUUUGAACUAGGCUCUUCUGGAGUCUGUAGAGUCCUGCAAACCCUUGUGGAGGGGAGAAGGGGAAGCCAAGCCACGUUCUCUGUGAAUCGAGCAGAAAUGUGACCGUCCACUUGCCAACGAUGUUCCCCUUCCCCCAUGUGUCCUACUUGCUGCUCCAUAAUAGGUUAAUGAGAAAGGCCAAGUGACUUCCGAAGCUGGAUGGAUCCCUGCCCUUGUGCCCCUAGCCUGAGGGCUCCCCCCCUAGCCCAGGGCUGGAAGGAGGAGGCCCCUGCCUCAGCUAUGAUAUGCACCAUCCCUUGCCUCGAGUUAGGAAAUGUUUGGAAAGAGAUUUAGAGAGAUUUACAGGAAUGAACAGAUUCCUAUAUAAAGAUUAUUUUUAUACUUUUUGCAGUGUAAGGAAAUUGCCUGUAAUAUUUGUACAGUGUCUGAAUGAAUAAAAACCAUGCCUAAGGCUG